AUGCGGUGGUCCGGCAUCCAAUCCACUCGCCUUUCACACCAUGUGCCCCGGCGAAUCCGUAAUAUUCUCGCCCAGGAUGCCGACGUUGUUCCCAACAGUCUUCGAAAAACCCUAGAGGCGCAUCGCUCCUCGAAUCGGGCCCGCAUAAUCCGCAAAAUAUACCCCCGUACCCCGGCCGCCGGACUUUUUCGCCCUUGGAUCCCACCUGAAAAUCGCGCAGGUUAUUCACCCCCAGAGUCUACACACCCCGUGUCAGAUGAGUCGGAAGUCAAGAAGCCCAGCAAAAAGCGUGCUCGUAGCCGCAUUCCAGGAACGAAACCUCGAGGACCAGAGAACCACUUAAUAAAUGCAAUUCGAAGCGCAGACCAAAGUACACCGGAACAGCACCCAUGGGUCAAUUUCCUGGCUCCGGUCAAGAUCGCUAGCGAUGCAGCUACACACCUAGAUGCGGAGAUCCAGGCUCUCGACCGCUACCUGACCCCGAGUCUGAGCGAACAGAAUCAGAUCACCCAAGUGAGCGCAGAGAUUAGAUCUCUGCUGGAGCCAGUGGCUCCGCAAAUACCACAGAUCAUCGGUUCUCAUUACACAGGUCUGGCGCUGGCGCAUUCUGACCUGGAUUUCCUUCUACCUUUCGAAGACCUCCCACGGUCUCGACACAACCCACGAGGACCAAGUGCCACACGACCGAAAAUUCAAGAUGCCCAUGUCAGCCUGCUGCGCCAGGUGGAAUCUACGUUGCAGAGUAGUCCUAUGUUGACCGACCAAGUCAAUUGGCCCACAAAGGGUAGACCCGUUCUCGAGGCCCGGCACCGGCCGACGGGCCUGCUACUACGCUUCCACUGCGGCGAAAGAGUCCCGGCAACCACAAGAUACAUUCGGGACUAUCUAAUCGACAAUCCCGCCCUGCGGUCCCUAUAUAUCGGGGCGCGAACGUUGCUAGAGUCCCGCGGGCUCUUCGGAUCCACACAAGCAAGUAUUACAUCUGAAGCUUUGGCGAUGUUGGUAGUCGCUUUUCUCAAAAUGAACCACGGUCGCUAUCCCGAGCCCUAUCACCUGGGUGAUAAGUUCCUGGAUCUCCUACGACUUUACGGCACUGAUAUUAACCUCCAGUCUGUGGGCGUUGCAGUCAACCCCCCGGGCUUCUUCGGCGCUGAAAUCUUACGCCCUACUGGAGAAGAUGUCGAGCCAGCGUAUCGCCGUGGUCAACGAUCGCUAAUUGGCGCGAAGCGCACUGCUGCUGCAAAAGGAAAUACGCCUGUGGAUCGAAGACUCUGUGUUCAAGACCCGACUCAUUUCAUGAAUGAUCUGGGCCGUUCGUGUACUCGCACGCCUGAGCUGCAGAACGCCUUGAUUGCGGCACAUGAGCGGCUUAGUCGUACGUGCGAUACUUGGGCGGGCCCAGAAAGGAAUAUCUCGAUUUUGUCAGCUGCCCUUCAAGCCAAUUUCGAUGAAUUGGACAGACUCCGAGGGCGGAUUGUACGGCCAGUGGAUUAG